CACUGGCUGUGUUUGGCUUCUACAAACACACAUUUUUAUAUAAUCACACUUUGAGCCCGAGCAGAAGAGGACGUCACCACAGACAGAUGUUUAUGUAGAGACUACUAGAGAGACAGAAAAGUGAAGAAAGAAAGACACAAAGGAAAAGAGUUUCCAGCAUGACGUCCUUUGUCACAGAGAAAGAUCCAUCUGCCUCCCUGUGUGGACGAUCUCUCCCCCAACAGGAGCUUCCUUCUCUGGGCCUCGAUCCGUCUGACUUCAGCCUGUACAGCCCUCCUGCUCCUCCUGAGCCCAGCCUGUCUGCAUCAACGUGGCUCCCAACUUCUAACAACCACAGCGACCCUUACCUCUGCUUCAAAAGCCCAGAGCCAGACUCAAUCUCUGGGGCCACAGGACUCCCUCCAGGCUUCUUCCCUUAUCUCUACAGCCUCCAGAGGCCCCUGUUCCCCAGCAGCCCCUGGUUCUCCUUGUCCACCCCGGAGGACAUGCUGCGCCUGGUCCGCCCGCCGUACUCCUACUCUGCACUCAUAGCCAUGGCAAUACAGAGCGCACCUGAGCAGCGGCUGACACUCAGCCAAAUCUACCAGUACGUCUCAGACAACUUCCCCUUCUAUAGCCACAACAAGGCCGGCUGGCAGAACUCCAUCCGCCACAACCUGUCGCUCAACGACUGUUUCCGGAAGGUUCCCCGCAACGAGAGUGACCCAGGUAAAGGAAACUACUGGAUUCUGGACCCAAACUGUGAGAAGAUGUUCGACAAUGGAAACUUUUGCCGCAAGAGGAAGAGCAAGAGUAAGAAAGAUAACGUGACCACUGGAAGGAAAACUUCCUCCUCCUCAUCCUCGGAUUCUGGCUUGUCAGAGCCCAGCCCUAAAAUUCCCAGCAUACACUGCAAUGGCGGCAGCAGUGGUGGCGGCAGCACUGAGCUCCCUGCACUCUCAGACACUCCCCCCGGCCUCAGCAGCUUCCUGUGUCCCCUCCAGGAUUCCCUUCUCCCUCCUCUUCCUUCUCACGUCAGCUCCCCUGAGCUGUACAUGCAGGUACCGGACCAUGCCUCACCCCCUCCUCCUUCUCAGGGAUAUGCCUCUUCUUACUCGCCUGGCGCCGUGGUGCCGCAGUGGGACGCCUGCAGCUCCUCUCCUCCCCUCUACUCCUCCCUUCAUCACUCCUUACCUCCUCCUCCUCCCCUCCCGUCUUCCCAGUUGACUCCCCCACACUUCUCCUACCUCGCCGACCCCCAGGCCGGGUCGCCGCCUCUCUACGCCGACCUGCAGACGGCGUCCUGUCUUCUGACGGACUUCCAGGAGGCCCAGCAGCUGCUGCAGCUUCAGUGUGGGCCUCUCUCCUCUGGGGGCUUCGCUGAUAAUCUGCCCCUUGACUCUCUUGUUCUCCAGCAGUGACACAAACUGAAAGUGAUACCUCCAGAGAACAUCUUGUGUUUACACUGAGAACUGAUGCGAAUCUGAUGUUGAAUUUUAAACUUUGUAAAGUAUUUUUUAAAUGUGUAAAAUGACUCCAGGUGGAUGUUUGACUGAAUUCAAACCAGCCAGAAUGCACUAUGCUAGCUGUAAAAUGUGUGGGAAUGUUUGUAUUUAUCAUUUUUUUGGUGGGUGAAUGUUUUUUAUAGUGUGAAUAUCAGUUGAAUGUUUGUGUUUGUAAUAAAAACAAAACA